AUGCGAAACCUCAUGCUCAUCCGUCAUCUUCUCACAAAAUUCCGCACAUCGUUAUACCCUUAUUCGUCGCUUGGUUUUGCAACAGGCAUCGUUUCUACCAGUGGCGAUAGCAUCAACGCAAUGUACGAAAUGGCUCCCUUCAAACGGCAUAAACGACAUGGCAUGCGGGGAUACCAAUGGCCAGCUUUCGAUCUAGGAGGUUUUGGCGGUCAUGGUGGUAUGGGUGGUCUAGGAGGGUAUCCAGCGUGGGAUACCGGCUUUGAUACUCCAUACUACGACGUGCCGGGCUCUGUCGAACAGGCGACGCGAUCACAUGUUGAGGCCCAGACCGAGUUUGAGAAGGCAAAGGAAAAGUACGAGGAAGCCAAGAAGAAGUUCGAGGAAUGCGAGAAGAAAGGUAAGUGA